AAAUAAGAGGAUAAGCCAAGCCUUCACUGUUUUCCCCACCGUCUCCCUCCCUCCCUCCCCUCCCUGCUUCCUCAGCCUCUCAUCCUAUCCAAGAAGGCAAGAACCCGACACAGGAACUCGCAGCAGCCGUUAGCGCCAGCCGAAGCAGGCCGCAGCCAUGGCCGCCCCCGCAACGACGACCUCCCUGCUGAGCACGCUGCCGCAGCUCUCGUCGUUCUCGGGGAAGAGCUCGCCUCCGUCCGUGGUGCACGUGGCGCGCCGGGCGCCGACGGCGGUGGUGGCUGCCAAGGGGUACAAUGUGCAGAUCCUGGUGGACGAGAACGAGGGGGAGGAGUCCAUCUUCCGCCGGUUCCGGCGGGAGGUGAUGCGCGCCGGCGUGCUGCAGGAGAUCAAGCGCCGCCGGAGGUACGAGAGUAAGACGGACGAGAAGAAGCGCAAGGCGCGCGAGGCCGGACGCCGCAACCGCCGCAGGCGUAUGAUGGAUGAGCCAAGGUUCCCAGAAGAAGACGCUGACGCAACCUCAAAGGCUCGGGACGAGGACGAUGACAACUGGGAGAUCGAUGGCAUCCUGUGAAACAAAAACAACGCAAUGUCCAUAAGCUCACAACGUCCAGAUGCACAGACCCGGCAAAUUUGAGUUCUUUUUGGCCCCAGUACGUAAGACGCAAACCGUAUGAGCGUGUUCAAUUCCACCUCAAUUGUUACAAACAGUUGCAAUGUACAACUAAAUUUUAGCAAAUGCAGCAUCCUCCGAUUCCUUUCAGUUUCA